CUUCUUCUUUUUUUAUAAUAUAAACUGGGUUUAUGGUUACUCCAUUUUCUGAUAAAGACUAUCCCAUUGUCAUUGGAAUUGACUUUGGCACGACCUUUUCAGGUGCAUCUUAUGCUUACAUGAACGAUAACGAAAUUACAGACAUUAGUAAAUGGCCCGGACAACCUGAUUAUAGUUAUCCAAAAUGCCCAACUGUUUGCUUAUAUAAUAGAGAUAAUAAUAAACUAAUUCAAUGGGGUAGAUCAGCUAAAUCUGGGAAAUCUAAAUUCCCUAAUAUUACUAUUUUGCAGCAAUUUAAGCUAUAUCUGGAUGAUAGUCUUGAAGGAAUUGUAAGGCAAUUACCAUUAGAUUUAACAGCCACUGAUAUUAUUGCAGAUUAUUUGCAAAAAUUUUAUGCAUGUGUAAAAACGGAUAUGACUAAAAAAGGAUUUCAUAAGGAUUUUGAAAAGCAAGCUCGAUUUUGCUUAACAGUUCCAGCCAUGUGGUCAGACAAAUCAAAGCAAAUUAUGAGAGAUGCAGCCUUGAAGGCAGGUAUUAUAGAUGCUAGUGAUCACAGAGAUCGACUCAUGUUAAUCUCUGAACCUGAGGCAGCUGCACUUUAUUGUGAGAAGACAUGUGAUAAAUUCAAUAUGCAGCAUGGUGAUGAAUUUAUGAUAUGUGAUGCUGGAGGGGGUACUGUUGACUUGAUUGUAUUUCGAGUUGACAUUGAUACAUCAGGUCGACGUAAAUUUAGAGAAAGUACAAAAGGCAUUGGUAAAUCUUGUGGAUCAACAUUUAUAGAUCGAAAUUUUAGAAAACUUUUAAGAAAAAAAUUAAAAAAAGUGAUUCGAAGGUCGCCUAAUGGAAUAGUCAAAAUUCCUGAGGCCCCUCUCGAUCAUAUGAUGGAUAUUUUUGUCGAUAAUUUAAAGCCAUUAUUUGAUGGAACAGAUGAUCUUUAUUCAGAUAUAUCUAUGGGGUUCGAUCUUGUUACCAAAACUGAACCUUCUAUUGGUUUAGAUGAAGGCAACAUGACAUUUACAAAAGAAGAACUCAAGAACCAUGUAUUUGAUCCUGUUGUUCAAGAAGUAGUUCAUCUCUGCCGUGAACUAAAAAAGGAUACGACCAACUUAAAAGCCAUUUUUAUGGUAGGUGGUUUUGGUUCAUCCGCUUAUUUAUAUAAUCAAAUGGAAAAAGAAUUCUUGUCUGAAAAAAUUCGAAUUGUGCAGCCUGAUAGACCAGAAAUGGCAGUGUCUCGGGGAGCUGUCAUUUUUGGAAUGUGUCCUACAAAAAUUGCUACACGUAUACCUAGAUUUUGGUAUGGGAUUGAAAUUACAAAUAUAUUUGAUCCCAAUAUAGAUCCUCUUGAAUAUAAGGUUGUUCGACCAGAUGGUAGUAUCCGCUGCGAUAAUCGAUUCUCAACUUAUGUUGAGCGAGGAAAGCCUUUAGAUAUUGAUAGUUGCAUUUCACGUAGCUAUACUACUUAUUAUCCAAGUCAUACAGCAUGUACAUUUUUUGCUUCUGAUAGUAAAACUGAACCUAGAUAUACUAUUUCUACAUCCACAACUAAUAUUAGAAAAGUAUUUGAUUUUGAAAUUCCCAUGCCUACAUUACCAAAUAAAAAGAAUGGUGAUCCAGUUCCAUUAACUAUUAAGGUAACUAGAUAUUUAAUCAUUACAUUAAAUUCUUAUUUUUAUAAUUAUGUAGAUGUAUUUUGGUGAAGUAGAACUUCGUGUGGAAGCUGUUAUUGAAGAUCAAACUUAUGCUGUUGUCUGUAAUUUUAAUGUUUAGAAAUAUAACAAUAAAAAAAAAAGAGGAUUGUUUUAAGCUUAUAUAUAAUAUUUAGCAAAUACUAUAUUCUUUCUUAUAUGUAAUUAAUAAUUAUUUACACCUACACUG